UAAUAUAUCCCGGGCUCGAACGCACUGCCCUCCCCCCUUACGCAACCGCCGCCCGCGCACUGCUGCUGGGGAUCGCCGACCGCUCGACUGCCCUCCCCCUUACGCAACCGCCACCCGCGCACUGCUGCUGGGGAUCGCCGGCCGCUCGACCGCCCUCACCCCUUACGCAACCGCCGCCCGCAUGCAGUUCCUCGACGGCAUGUGGAUGGGCGGAUCUAGCACGCAACAGCUCGAUCUGCUCUCCCUAGCCAUCGAUCCAUGGAUCGACCCGUGUGAGGCUUGGUUCACCAACGCCGUGCUGCGCCCUGUAACGCCGAAGCCGACGCCGCUCCACCCAUCCCCAUCCAUGGCUGCCAUCUUUUCUACCUCUGACCACGGCGUCAGUCCGAGCCUGGAAUCCACAUCGCGCGGCCCUGCCUCAACCACCGCAGCCACCGCAAGUCCUGAAGUCUACCGCCACCACCAGUCGCGCCGCAACACACUUCGCGGGGAUCAACGUCACCAUCACCUCGCGCCUCCCGGAGAAGAAGGUGCCGCCGUUGCCCACCAGCUGCUCAAGUCUUCGUCAGGCCCUUCAUCGGCGACGAGCAUCCAACAGAUAGGCAUCAAGGCUGUCACUUGCCAUCUAGGCGUUUGUUACCAGCUGCAGUCCUACAAAUAUUGGCGGGGUGUUUGGAUCAGGGAGCUAAUAACUAGACGUGGAUGCUUGCCUUGCCAAUGACUGUUUGGAUCAGGGAGCUAAUAACUAGCCCAUGAUGUGGAUGCUUGCCUUGCCAAUGACGUUGGCUAUCUGUGAAAUCAAAGGAAUGGGCACAGCGUUCCUACCAUCAGAAGCUCUACAUGAGUGGUGUGAUCAUUUGUUUGUCCAUUAUUUUUCUAUCAAUAUCAAAUAAUAUAAAAGAAAAUUCAGAGAUUGUUGUAGUCCUGUUAGCAUCAUGGAAUCAUCCAUUCUAUUUUCUUUAGAUCUUGAUGUUUCUUUGUCAUUUCCAGGCAAAGUACAAGCAGAUCUUGUGUGGGCACAUGCACCAAAAAACUAUGUUCUUAGCUAUUCGUUAGAAAAUGUUGACAACAAAAUACUUGCCAGUGAGGCAGCUUGCUAGCAGUCGAAGGUGAAUAGUACGAUGAUAGGCAUGAUAUUGUGACACCUUGAGCCACUGGGAUCGAUAGAGAGGGCAGAGCUCCAACAUAAAAGAUGAAGGGUUCAACAUGAAGACAUCAUAAAUAAGUUGAAUUCUCUUUUGUUGUUGGACAUUGUGGACAGGUAGAAAAAAUUACACAUCACUCUAUGCAUGUUCUAGAGUCAAAACAUUGACUAUCAGUUUGGUUCAUAUUGGAUGAUAUUAUCUCAUUUUUUUUAUA